AUGUUUCAAUAAAUUAAGUAUAUGUAAUUAGAAACAGAAUUAACUGAAUAUGAUGCUCAAUCAAAUUCAUCACCAAAUUCUCCAAAAAAAGAAGGCACAUAUAAAACCUUUAGAGCAGAUUAAAAAUGCAAAACUAUAUUAAUGAUUGUAUUUUAUAUUUGUUCAUUUUUUUAAUUUGAUGGGUGGUAAAGCAUUAUAUUUGUCGGAAUAUAUGUGUUAAUGCUAAUAAAUAAUAGAAAGAAUAUAAUUGAUUUAGUUUUUGUCAUGAUAGCAUUGAUAUUAAGUAUUACUAAUUUAUGUGUUGAAUACAAUUUGUUAGGGAUUUCAUAGAUAAUAAUGAGUUUAAAUAUAUUAACAUAUCCUUUUUCAUAAAGAAUGAUAAAAGAAAUUAAAUUGGUUUGGUUUGAAAUAAAAAAUUUAUCAAUAACAAUGUUUUUUAUUUUGUGUUUAUGUGCUUAUUCAACAACUGCUUAUUAUGAUGAUGAUAUUGAAUUAGAAAUGUAUUAUGGUACAUUUGGUAGAUCAGUAUUAACUUUUGUAUAAGCCUUAAGUUUGGAUGAUUGGGCUUAAAUAGGAAGAGAAUCUGAUGAUUUGUUUGGAUAUUUUAUAUUGUGUAUUUAUAUUCUUUUAAUGACUUAUUUCUAUUUAAAUAUAAUGAUGGGUAUAUUGAUUGAAACAUUAUAAUUUGAGAAAAAAGGUAAUCAUUUAGAUGAUCCUUUUAAUUAUGAAAUUCAUUAAUAAUAAAUAUUAUCUGAAUUAAUUAAAGAAUAGAAUUUAUUUGAUAAAUGUAUUAUUGGUAAUUAUUAUGAAUUUAUUGUGUUCAUAAUAAGUUUUGGAGGAAUAUUCAUUUCAAUACUUGAACAUUUUGAUCAUGGAGAUAGUACAAGCGAAUUAGUAAUUGAAUUGAUAGAUGAUGGAUUGUAUACAAUACAUUUUAUAAUAUUGAUAAUUAAGAAAGGUCCAAUUUAUGAUUUAGAAAGAGAAAACAAAAUUGUUAUGCUUUUACAUUUUAUAGCAGGGUAUAGUGAUUUUUUAGUAUUAUAGUCCUUUGUCUUUAAUUUUUUCAUUGUUUUUUCUUGAAAUAGGUUGUUUAUUAAAUUUAUUAAAAAUUGCAACUACCCCAUCUAUUAAAGGUAUAUUUGUUGGAACUAUCGAUAUGUUACCUUUAUUAAUGCCAUAAUUUACAGAACUAUUUGGAAUUUUAAUGUUUAUUGCUAGUAUAUUGACUUCUAAUUAUUUUGCAUAUACAGGAUUAAAAUAAUAAGAGUAUUUUUCAUCUUUUUGGGGGUCUUUCUAUACUCUUAUUUAAAUCAUGACAUUAGAUGGUAUUAUUUUCUUAAUAUAUUUUAUUAAGAUUGGGGGAAUAUUGUUGAACCAAUGUAUUCAAAGCAUGGAUUUAUAUUACCUUAUAUAAUUAUUCCAGCUUAUAUAUUUUUAAGUAAUUUUAUUAUCUUGAAUACUUUAAUUGCAUUAAGUUGUGAAUAUUUUGUAGAAGUCAAAUAUUAUUCUAUUGAAAAAGAUCAAAGUGAUGUUAGAUGUUCUCAAUUUGUUACUAUCAAUGAAUUGAAGAAUUAUUGUAAAUAAAAUUAAAGUAAUUUAUAGUAUCAUCAUACUUAAGUGCCUUUAAAUAUUCCAUAUGUCAUUUUUGGUUAGCAUGAAUAAUUAAACUCUAAAAUUAAAUCAGACACCAUAAUUUAAAUUUAAUAUAGGAAUCUUUUAUUUACUGCUCAGGUAACUUAAUAAUCUGAUGAGUUAUGA